CUCAGGCGCUUUCCUUUCCCUCCUUUGGGCCCGGCCGAGGUCAGUCGGGGGUUCUGCCUGAGCGUGCGCCGCGGAGCAGCCCUAACGGCCGUGAACGGCUCUUUAUUCCGGACGGAUUUGAGCCGAAGCUCGUUUGAGCUCCGAGGAGGAGUCUUUGUUCUUUAUUCGAAGGAAGGAUUUCUCCGGGAAAUGGCGCCGACGAUUCAGACUCAGGCGCAGCGGGAGGACGGUCACCGGAGCUCUUCGCACAGAGCCAUACCCGAAAGGUCAGGUGUCGUGUGCCGUGUCAAAUACUGCAACAGCCUCCCUGACAUCCCGUUUGACCCAAAGUUCAUCACGUACCCCUUCGACCAGCACAGGUUUGUGCAGUAUAAAGCCACUUCACUGGAGAAACAGCACAAACAUGAACUGCUUACCGAGCCAGACCUGGGGGUCACUAUUGAUCUCAUCAACCCAGACACGUACCGCAUAGACCCCAAUAUUGUGCUGGACCCUGCGGACGAGAAGCUUCUGGAAGAGGACAUCCAGGCUCCCUCCAGCUCCAAGAGGUCCCAGCAGCAUGCUAAGGUGGUCCCGUGGAUGAGGAAGACAGAGUACAUCUCCACAGAGUUCAACAGAUACGGAGUCUCCAACGACAAAGUGGAGGUCAAGAUUGGUGUGUCAGUCAAGCAGCAGUUCACAGAAGAGGAGAUCUACAAGGACAGAGACAGUCAGAUCGCUGCUAUCGAAAAAACCUUCGAGGAUGCCCAGAAAAAUAUUGCACAGCAUUACAGCAAACCGAGAGUUACACCUGUGGAGGUGCUGCCCGUCUUCCCCGACUUUAAGAUGUGGAUAAACCCCUGCGCUCAGGUCAUCUUCGACUCCGACCCAGCUCCUAAAGAGGUGGCCGGCUCCGCUGCUGUGGAGAUGAUGUCUCAGGCCAUGAUCAGGGGAAUGAUGGACGAAGAAGGAAACCAGUUUGUGGCGUACUUCCUGCCCAACGAGGACACAAUCCGCAAGCGAAAGAGAGACGUGGAGGAGGACGUGGACUACAUGCCUGAUGAUCUGUAUGAAUAUAAGAUAGCAAGGGAGUACAACUGGAACGUGAAGAAUAAGGCCAGUAAAGGCUACGAGGAGAACUACUUCUUCAUCUUCAGAGACGGAGACGGCGUCUACUACAACGAGCUGGAGACCAGAGUGCGUUUGAGUAAGAGGAGGGCGAAGGCUGGAGCUCAGUCCACCACCAACGCUGUACUGGUCUGCAAGCACAGAGACAUGAACGAGAAAGAGCUGGAAGCACAGGAAGCUCGCAAAGCUCAGCUGGAGAAUCACGAGCCGGAGGACGAGGAGGAGGACAUUGACAUUGACAAAGACUUGCAAGACUCAGGUGACGAGAAGGAGAAAGGCAGCGAGAGUGAGAAUUCGGAGAGCGACUCGGACCGCGAGGAUGAAGAGCGGCGAGGCGAGGACGAUGAGGAUGAGGAAGAGGAGGAAGGAGGGAAGCGGCGGGAGAGGAAGGCCAGCGGGAGCGGCAGCGAGAGCGGAGAGGACCGGCAGGCCCGGGACGAAGAAGAGAUCUUCGGCAGCGACGACGACAGCGAGGAAGAGGACGGAGGACGACGCAGCGGCAGCGAGGACGAGGAGGAGGGUGAGGGAGGAGGAAGGAGAAGCGGCAGCGCCUCUCCAGCUCACAGCAGCAGCGGCCACUCUGAGGCCGGCCAGCACAGCGGCAGCGAGAGGGCGUCGGACUCCAGCGACGGCAGCGACAGUGAAUGAGAUGCUGCCGACAACAGAAACGCACUGGGGGGACUACAACUCCCAUCAUCCCUGGCUUUUUCUUAGUUAUCUCUUUCAUUCCCUCAUGUGCUCUGUUCAUGUGCUCUGUUCGUUUGUGGUGCCGUGCCUGAUAGAAGGACUACAACACCCAUCAUCCCUGGCUAUCCCAGUUCCCCAGCCACUGGAGGAAACUACAACUCCCAUCAUCCCUAGCUGUCCCAGUUGCCCAGUUUUCUAGCCACUGUGGAGGAUUACAACUCCCAUCAUUCCUUGUUGGCCACCCUCUGUAGAGGAGUACAGCUCCCUAUCAUCCCUUGCUGUCUUAGUUCUUCACCCACUGGAGGGACUACAUCUCCAGUCAUCCCCAGUUGUCUGUUUUCCAUCCACCAUGGAGAGCUACAUCUCCCAGAAUACCUCACUUUUGCAGUGCUCCUCUGGGGUGACAUCUCCCAUCAUCCUCAGCUGUUCUGUUUCCCCACCCACUGAAGAGAACUACAGCUACCAUCAUCCUCAGCUGUUCUGUUUCCCCACCCACUGAAGAGAACUACAACUACCAUCAUCCUCAGCUGUUCUGUUUCCCAACCCACUAAAGAGAACUACAGCUACCAUCAUCCUCAGCUGUUCUGUUUCCCCCACCCACUAAAGAGAACUACAACUACCAUCAUCCUCAGCUGUUCAGUUUCCCCACCCACUGAAGAGAACUACAACUACCAUCAUCCUCAGCUGUUCUGUUUCCCCACCCACUAAAGAGAACUACAACUACCAUCAUCCUUGGUUGCUCCACUGACCCACCUUCUGCUCUCGUGGUUCUUCCCCUCUGUUAAGGACUACAACUCCCAUCAUCCCCGUCUGUCCCAGAUCCCACACUCGUUUCCUCCAUUGCACUUGUUCCUCUGUUUACUUUUUGGAGAGGGAGACGAACAAUAAAUAACUUUUUUUGUUGUUUUUUGUUAUUUUUUCCAUUAUUUUUCAGUUUUUUUUAAUAGUCCUGCAAGUUAACCAGCAUCAUGAGAACUGAUGAACUGAGCUGACGCCUUGACCGCUGUUCUCAUGACCUGUACACUUAUUUGAUGCUUAAAAAUGCUGUCUGUCCACUUCUGGAUUAAAAUUUUACUAUAAGAACUACCCAUGUUAUUUCAUAACGAGGAAUUCCACCAAAAUCUUCAAAAUUUCUCAUUAAUUAAUUAAAAAGUUACAGUAUAAACAGAGUCAUUCAGAGUGGUUUGGUGUGAAACGCUGAGUCAGAACUGUUCACAGUGGUGGUGAUAGGAACCAGACGUCCACCUCUAAAAGCUCCCUCACAGAAAGUUCCUACAUGAAAUGGUUAUGAAUUCACUGCCUGAUGACUGAGACACUGUUUCGGGCCAAAAUGUACUUAUAAAACCGAUUCAUGGCAACGAGGGACAUGCAGGGUCCACGUCUCUCUAGUUAACCCUUUCAUUUCAAACCACUCUGAAUGAAUCUUUUCCCCUUUAAUGACAGCUUGGGCUCAGAAUCUCUUGCAAACUGAAGGGUAAAUGGCAGAAACCUCAAGGCUGCAGGACAUUAAGCUGGACGCUGUUCUUGUGUAGUGGUACUAGACAGCGUUCAGGCUCUUCUGUGGUGUUGUGAUGAUUUCACAAUGCCUUCUGCCUUAAAUGAGCCCUAAUGAUUACCGUUCAUUAGUCUGGUGGAGCCGAUUCUCGGCCAGAUUUGUCCAGUUCUGCUUCUUCUCCCUUUUCGUUUUUUCUGUUUGAGGAAAUUGCUUCUCCUCACGAAGCAGAGAAAACCUUCAUGUAAAGCGAUUGUGCACAACUCCGGUCCUGGAGGCCCAGUGUCCAGCACACUUUUGAGGUCUCACAGACCGUACACACCUCAUUCAACUCCUCUGUUAAUUGCCAGGUUUAACGAGUGUGUUUAAGGAGGGCGACUACCAAACUGUGCAGGACACCGUCCCACCAGGACCGGACUUGUUCAGCCCUGAUAUAAAGCUUUGAGGGCUAAUUAUGCUGUUUUCUAUGUUAUGAUCCAAAGAUCAUCUAAUUUGUGGACUGUUUUGUUUGUUUAGUUGUUAUUUUAGUAGCGGUAGGUUGUAACGUCUCAUCACAGACAGUGAUACAUGGUCACUUUGCUGUAUAAACUGCUGUAAAUAAAGAUUAACUAGUGGUUUUUGUUUAAAAAAA